GGCAUAAUUAAAGACGUGCACUGUGAUGUACAAAAUGGGGACUUGGAUAGUCUCAAAAAUCGAAUCUCACCCCCAGUUCCUCUGGCUGUUUUGUCUGCAAAAGACACCAAUGGCCUCACACCCCUUCACAAGGCUGUUGGGCUGGGAAAAGAGGAAAUCGCCCACUACAUAAUCGAGCAAAUUCCCUAUGGCAUCAAUGCCGUGGACAACGAUGGAAAGACGCCACUUCAUUAUGCAGCAUUACUCAAGGACGAUCACAGAAUGUUCAACUACUUGAUUAAGCAUGGCGCUGAUGAAUCUGUCCUUGAUAACCGGCAAAAAACAGCGGCUUAUUACAAAACGCGGGCAUCUGAAAUCGAUUCCAAAGUUCUUCACGUGGUGCCUGAUUGUCCAAGGGGAGCGAAAGAACCAAACAGUUUCGACUGGGGCAUGCUUUCAGCUGCAGUAGCAGCAAAUGGAUUGGCUAAAAAACUUCCAGAGAAAGUUGCAAAUGGACUAAAAGAAAGCCUGGGCCUACACGACUCUCCAGAACGUAAGCAAACGCCAGAAGCAGCCAUUGAAAGCCCUAGAAAAUCUUUUGAAGCAGCAAAUGAUGCACGUCUAGAUGAAGUGACAGAAAUAAGGAGCAUCGAAGGGGAAGACAAUAAAGUCGCAGACACUCCGGAAGAAGAGCAGGAAACUGCUGAAGUAGAGACCCCGAAUGAUAAUCCAAGCCCAGAUAAUAGUACAAGUGACGCCAAAGUUGAUGAAUUAGAUCAAUCGAAUAAUGACGGAGAACACGAAUCUCCCCCAAAUGAAGAAGAGCCUUUGGAAAAAACUGAAAAUAGUUCUGAGCAAAUGGUCGAAGGAAGCGACAAUGAUCUCGCUGAAGCUCAAGGAGCUCUCCCAGAAGAACCCAAAGAAGAAAAAGAGGGUCUGAAUAGCACCGCUGAGACUAAACCAGAGAGUGAAAACUCGGUCCUUGAUAGCCCCGUUAAAAGCCUGAGUAGUUCCAGGCCCGGUACAGGAAUUGAAAAGGAAAGUGCUAAUAAAAGUGAAGAGCACGAAGAAACUGAAAUUGAAGGUGAAGGAGUAAUAGAAGGUGUCGUGAAUGGUGAGCACGAAAUCGAGUCCACCAACAACGAGGGCCAAAACCGACUUGUAACUGACGACGAAGACAUUAGGAUGAUGAUCGCGUCUGGAAACAUGGAGCAACUGGCUGCUUUGGUGCUGAACGGCCAUGGGGAGAAACUGAUAGGGGAGAAGAGCAACAACCAGGAGUUGCAGACUUUCUUAGACAACGUACCAGUUUAUAUGGCAAAGAUUAAGCGCAUUCACGUAGCAGCGCGUGAAGGAAGCUUAAGAGAUCUGCAAGCUGCGUUGGAUCGCCGCAAAUUUGCAGUCGCCAGAGACAACGUUUCUCCUAAUGGUGCCUCCCCCUUACAUGUCGCUGUUGCUUUUGGAAGAACCAGCGUCGUGCGAUAUCUUGCUGGCAGAUUUCCCGAGACUGUCCAUGUGGAAGAUACAAAUGGACGAACGCCUCUUCACUAUGCAGCUGUUCUGCGUGAUAACGGACAUUACUACAAUUUAUUAACACAUCUUGGGGCCGAUAACAGAAUCAAAGACAAGCUUGGAAAUACUCCGGCAUUUUACACCAAAAACCAACAGGAUUUUAAUCACCGGCUGGUUUUGAAGGAGUUCGGCGCCGAGGAUCAUGCUGAUGAGUUCGGAAGCAA